GAACCGGCGGCAGGGCCCGCCCUCGAGCGUCAUCGAUCCGCGACGACGCAGGAAGUGACGACGCUCCUGCCGCGCGCCGGGAGCUGUUUUUCCUCAGGCUCGGGGACCGGCAGCGGCGGCGGCGGCGGCGGCGGCGCAGGGCGUUUUGACUCAAAUGGGUGAUGAAAAGGACUCUUGGAAAGUGAAGACUUUAGAUGAAAUUCUUCAGGAAAAGAAACGCCGGAAGGAACAGGAGGAGAAGGCAGAGAUCAAACGCUUAAAAAACUCUGAUGACCGGGAUUCCAAGCGAGAUUCCCUUGAGGAGGGGGAGCUGAGGGACCACCGCAUGGAGAUAACGAUCAGGAACUCCCCGUACAGAAGAGAGGACUCCAUGGAGGACAGAGGAGAGGAAGAUGAUUCUUUGGCUAUCAAACCACCCCAGCAAAUGUCUCGGAAAGAAAAGGCUCAUCACAGGAAAGAUGAAAAGAGAAAAGAGAAACGUCGGCAUCGGAGUCAUUCAGCAGAAGGGGGGAAGCAUGCUAGAGUGAAAGAAAAAGAAAGAGAGCAUGAACGUCGGAAGCGACACCGAGAAGAACAGGAUAAAGCUCGCCGGGAAUGGGAGAGACAAAAGAGGAGGGAGAUGGCAAGAGAACAUUCCAGGAGAGAGAGGGACCGUCUGGAGCAGCUGGAAAGGAAGCGAGAGCGGGAGCGCAAGCUGCGGGAGCAGCAGAAGGAGCAGCGGGAGCAGAAGGAGCGGGAGCGGCGUGCCGAGGAACGGCGCAAGGAGCGCGAGGCCCGCAGGGAAGUUUCUGCACAUCACCGAACAAUGAGAGAAGACUAUGGUGAUAAAGUGAAGGCAAGCCACUGGAGUCGCAGCCCACUACGGCCGCCCCGAGAGAGGUUUGAGCUGGGAGACGGCCGGAAGCCAGUAAAAGAAGAGAAAAUGGAAGAGAGAGACCUGCUGUCUGACUUACAAGAUAUCAGUGAUAGCGAGAGGAAAACCAGCUCAGCCGAGUCUUCAUCAGCGGAAUCAGGGUCAGGUUCUGAGGAGGAAGAGGAGGAGGAGGAGGAAGAGGAGGAGGAAGAGGGCAGCAGCAGUGAAGAAUCAGAGGAAGAGGAGGAGGAGGAGGAAGAAGAGGAAGAGGAAGAGGAGGAGACAGGGAGCAACUCCGAGGAUGCGUCUGGACAGUCAGCUGAAGAAGUGAGUGAAGAAGAAAUGAGUGAAGACGAAGAGCGAGAGAGUGAAAACCACAUCUUAGUUGUUCCAGAGUCACGAUUUGACCGAGAUUCCGGGGAGAGUGAAGAAGGGGAGGAAGAAGUGGGCGAGGGCACCCCGCAGAGCAGCGCCCUGACCGAAGGAGAUUUCGUGCCCGACUCUCCAGCCUUGUCGCCCAUUGAGCUCAAACAGGAGCUGCCAAAGUACCUGCCUGCCCUGCAGGGCUGUCGGAGCGUGGAGGAGUUCCAGUGCCUGAACAGGAUCGAAGAAGGCACUUAUGGGGUGGUCUACAGAGCAAAGGACAAGAAAACAGAUGAAAUUGUGGCUCUGAAGCGGCUGAAAAUGGAGAAGGAGAAGGAGGGCUUUCCGAUUACCUCGCUGAGGGAGAUCAACACCAUCCUUAAGGCGCAGCACCCCAACAUCGUCACCGUCAGAGAAAUAGUCGUGGGCAGCAACAUGGACAAGAUCUACAUCGUAAUGAACUACGUGGAGCACGACCUCAAGAGCCUGAUGGAGACCAUGAAGCAGCCUUUCCUGCCAGGGGAGGUGAAGACCCUGAUGAUCCAGCUGCUGCGCGGCGUGAAGCACCUACACGACAACUGGAUCCUGCACCGCGACCUUAAGACGUCCAACCUGCUGCUGAGCCAUGCCGGCAUCCUCAAGGUGGGGGACUUUGGGCUGGCGCGGGAGUAUGGGUCCCCUCUGAAGGCCUAUACCCCAGUUGUUGUGACCCUGUGGUACCGCGCCCCAGAGCUGCUGCUCGGUGCCAAGGAGUACUCCACAGCCGUGGACAUGUGGUCAGUGGGCUGCAUCUUUGGAGAGCUGCUAACUCAGAAGCCGUUGUUUCCUGGGAAGUCAGAAAUUGAUCAGAUCAACAAAGUGUUUAAGGACCUGGGGACCCCCAGUGAGAAAAUCUGGCCGGGCUACAAUGACCUCCCUGCGGUCAAGAAGAUGACCUUCACUGAGUACCCAUACAACAACCUCCGCAAACGCUUUGGGGCCCUGCUCUCGGACCAGGGCUUCGACCUCAUGAACAAGUUCCUGACCUACUUUCCUGGGCGGAGAGUCAAUGCAGAGGACGGUCUCAAGCAUGAGUAUUUCCGCGAGACCCCGCUCCCCAUCGACCCCUCAAUGUUCCCUACGUGGCCCGCCAAGAGCGAGCAGCAAAGGGUGAAGCGUGGUACCAGCCCGCGGCCCCCCGAGGGAGGCCUGGGCUACAGCCAGCUGGGUGAUGAUGACUUGAAGGAGACUGGCUUCCACCUCACCACCACCAACCAGGGGGCCUCAGCUGCAGGCCCAGGCUUCAGCCUCAAGUUCUGAGGUUCACAGUGGUCCCCAGACCAACUCCUGGGAGCACCAACCGAUAAGGCUCAACUGGGACUGGGGCAGGUGCUGAGGUCCUGCCUGACUGGAUGCAGCUGUGCCAGCCAGGGCUGCAUGGGUCGCAGCUUCAAGUUUUAGACUGCUGGUCUUGUUGGGUUUUCCAUGUUUUGUUUUUAUCUUGGCUUGUAAAUUUGUAGAAUUAAAUAACAUUUUCCUUGUUGUGGAACGAAA